AUGGGUUCUUGGAUACUCAAGUUACUCCUACCGAUACUUGUGCUUGUGUUGUUGACUCAUCAUGGUGAUUCAAGCUCUAUCAUUAGACAUCUUCCUGGUUUUGAAGGCCCUCUUCCUUUUGAGCUUGAAACCGGGUACGUUGGUGUUGGUGAGGAGGAAAACCAUCAAAUGUUUUACUACUUCAUCAAAUCUGAGAGGAAUCCAGAAGAAGACCCUCUUCUUGUUUGGUUAACUGGAGGACCUCCCUGCUCUUCUUUCUCUGGCCUUGUUUUUGAGAAUGGGCCUAUUUCUUUCAAGGUUGAGGCCUACAAUGGAACUAUCCCCUCUUUGGUCUCUACUACGUAUUCAUGGACUAAGGUGGCGAAUAUAAUAUAUUUGGACCAGCCUGUUGGGGUUGGCUUCUCCUACUCAAGAAACCCACUUGCUGAAUUGCCAAGUGACACAGGAGAAGUUAAGCUGAUCCAUGAGUUUAUUCGUAAGUGGCUAGACAAGCAUCCUGAAUAUUUCUCAAAUCCUUUCUAUGUCUCCGGAAACUCUUAUUCCGGUAAGGUGAUUCCGGCCAUCGUUCAAGAAAUCUCUAAUGGAAACUAUAUAUGCUGCAAACCUCAGAUAAACCUUCAGGGCUAUGUGCUCGGAAACCCGGUAACAAACUUGGAUGUUGACAUAAAUGCUCGCGUUCCGUUUGCUCAUGGAAUGGCACUCAUCCCUGAUGAACUCUAUGAGUCAAUGAAGAAAACCUGUGGAGGAAAAUACUUUGAUGCGGAUCCUCUUAACACAGAAUGCUUGAAACUCGUUGAAGAAUUCAAGCAGUGUGUUUCUAGAAUAUAUGAUGAACUUAUUCUACAAUCAAACUGUGACCAAACAUCUCCUGAUUGCUAUUCGUAUCGGUAUACGCUAUCCGAAUACUGGGCUAAUAACGAGAGCGUACGCAGAGCACUUAAAGUGGUGAAGGGGACUAAAGCGAAAUGGGAACGGUGUAACUGGAAUGUGCAUAUUAAUCAAGACAUUAAAAGCAGCAUACCAUACCAUAUGAACAACAGCAUCAAAGGCUAUCGAUCUCUCAUACUCAGUGGUGAUCACGAUAUGACAAUCCCUUUCCUUGCGACUCAAGACUGGAUUAGGUCUUUAAACUUUUCUGUUACUGAGAAAUGGAGGCCAUGGAUGAUACACGAUCGAGUCGCUGGAUACACUAAGACUUAUGCAAAUAAAAUGACAUUUGCCACUGUCAAAGGAGGAGGGCAUACGUUAGAGUAUAAACCAGAGGAGAGCUCAAUCAUGUUCAAGAGUUGGAUAAGUGGCCAACCUCUUUAA